GUCUCAAAGUAUAGGCCCACUCCGUUUUGCGAAUCAAUUUUUUCUCUGAAAAUCGGAGCACAGAGAGGAGAGCAAUGGCGGGCGGGGCUUUUGUGGACUCCGGGGGAGGGAGGGCCCACCUGUACGAGUACAGGAUCACUUCCUAUUUCAUCUUUGCGUGUAUCGUUGCGGCCAUGGGAGGAUCUCUGUUCGGUUAUGAUCUCGGUGUUUCCGGUGGGGUGACCUCCAUGGAUGAUUUCUUGAAGGAAUUCUUCCCCAAAAUCUACAGAAGGAAGCAAGAACAUCUCAAUGAAACAGACUACUGCAAAUAUGACAAUCAAAUCCUCACUCUGUUCACUUCCUCCCUUUACUUUGCUGCCCUUAUCUCCACCUUUGGUGCUUCAUAUGUGACCAGAAAUAGAGGCAGGAGAGCCAGCAUUCUCUGUGGAGGGGUCAGUUUCUUCAUGGGAGCAAUCGUUAACGCUUUUGCAAAGAACAUAGAGAUGCUGAUCAUUGGUCGCUGUCUUCUCGGUGUAGGCAUUGGAUUUGGCAAUCAAGCAGUGCCGUUGUAUCUGUCAGAAAUGGCGCCUGCUAAAGUCCGGGGAGCUGUGAAUCAGCUCUUUCAGCUCACGACUUGCCUGGGGAUAUUCGUGGCCAACUUCAUAAACUAUGCAACCGAGAAGAUCCAUCCUUGGGGGUGGAGGUUAUCGCUUGGUUUAGCCACGGUUCCAGCCACGCUCAUGUUUGUAGGCGGACUGUUCCUCCCCGAGACUCCAAACAGUCUCGUGGAGCAGGGUCGAUUAGAGGAGGCAAGACAAGUCCUGGAGAAAGUUAGAGGUACCUCGAAGGUCGAUGCAGAGUUCUCUGAUCUCAUUGAUGCGAGCCGGGCUGCCCAAGCCAUAAAGCAUCCGUUUAGGAACCUCCUGAAGAGGAGGAACCGGCCUCAGUUGGUAAUUGGAGCCCUUGGUAUCCCGGCUUUCCAGCAGCUCACUGGGAUGAACUCGAUCCUUUUCUACGCCCCCGUGAUUUUUCAAAGCUUGGGGUUUGGCUCGGGCGCAUCUCUUUAUUCAUCCGCCAUUACCAGUGGAGCACUAGUGCUGGCAACAUUCAUAUCAAUGGCUUAUGUUGACAAGUUUGGAAGAAGGGCUUUUUUCUUGGAAGCCGGUGCUGAAAUGAUCUGUGUUUUGGUGGCGGUGGCAAUCACGCUGGCCCUGAAGUUUGGCGAGGGCGUCGUGCUCCCUAAAGGAAUCGGCAUCUUCCUAGUGCUCAUAAUCUGCAUAUUCGUCCUCGCUUACGGGAGGUCUUGGGGGCCUCUCGGGUGGCUCGUGCCUAGCGAGCUCUUCCCCCUGGAAACGCGUUCAGCAGGCCAGAGCGUGGUCGUGUGCGUUAACAUGAUCUUCACAGCCCUGAUUGCCCAGUGUUUCCUUGUGUCUCUUUGCCACCUCAAAUAUGGCAUCUUUCUGCUGUUUGCAGCCUUGAUUGUGAUCAUGAGCUGCUUCAUCUUCUUCCUCUUGCCAGAGACAAAACAGGUGCCCAUAGAGGAAAUAUAUUUGCUGUGGCAGAACCAUUGGUUCUGGAGAAGAUACUGCAAACCAGAGGAUAAUGAACAAGAACUGCAAGGAAAGCCUGGAGUGCAAGCCUAGGCUGGCUUUUUACCACAUGGAAUGGAAUUACAGAAAUUAAGAUUAGUGUUUAUGAAUGAUUGAAAGUCUUUUUUUUUUCCCCAGUAGUGAGAAACCUCAGUUGAACAGCCAUGUGCAAUAUUCUUAGUGAAAUGUACAUGAAUUCCUUUUCAUUUUUCACCAAUUCUCUAAAUGUGCACAUUGUUAUCCACAGUGUUAUACAAUAUAUCUUCCUUUCAUAA